GGGAAAAGGACUGGCUAACGCGGGGGAGAAGGGCUCCAAGCCCUGCUGGUAUCAGGAUCCGCGCCUUGGACAACGCCGGCAAAGGAGCCGAGCCAGAAUUCUCCAUGCCGGAUAACUUGGGCGAGUCUGACGUCUCCCUCUCCACAACCCAGUUCAGUAUGCGCUCCCCUAAAUGCACCCUGAUACUGGCUGAUAAUAACCCAGAUCCUGCCGCGGCCGUAGGUGAAUUCCCGCUUCAUUCCUCGUAUGUAAUCGCAGAAGCCCGGGUUUCCUCAGGCUGAGCUGCAGGUGCUGACAUUAGUUUCAGGCCAGUGAAAAACUGCUGAGGCUGGACCGUCAUGGGGGAGGCCAGUAGAGAUGAGUAUAAAAUCCAGUCGUUUGAUGCAGAGACCCAGCAGCUGCUGAAGACUGCACUCAAAGAUCCAGGCACCGUGGACUUGGAGAAAGUGGCCAAUGUGAUUGUGGACCAUUCCCUGCAGGACUGUGUGUUCAGCAAGGAAGCAGGACGGAUGUGCUACGCCAUCAUCCAGGCAGAGAGUAAGCAAGCAGGCCAGAGUGUCUUCCGCCGCGGGCUCCUUGACCGGCUGCAGCGGGAGUAUCAGGCCCGGGAGCAGCUGCGAGCCCGCUCACUGCAGAGCUGGGUCUGCUAUGUCACCUUUAUCUGCAACAUCUUUGACUACCUGAGGGUGAACAAUAUGCCCAUGCUGGCCCUGGUUAACCCUGUCUAUGACUGUCUCUUCCAGCUGGCCCAGCCUGAGAGUUUGAGCCGGGAAGAGGAGGUGGACUGCCUGGUGCUACAGCUGCACCGCGUUGGGGAGCAGCUGGAGAAGAUGAACGGGCAGCGCAUGGAUGAGCUCUUUGUCCUGAUCCGGGAUGGCUUCCUGCUCCCGUUAGGCCUCAGCUCCCUGGGGCGGCUGCUGCUGCUGGAAAUGAUCGAGUUCCGGGCAGCCGGCUGGAAGACCACUCCUGCUGCCCAUAAGUAUUAUUAUAGUGAGGUUUCCGACUGAGCCAGGGUCCACGCGCCUCUGGCUGCACACACCUUCCUGGUCUUCCCCUUCCUCCAAGUCCUUUCAGGUUCCUUUUUCCCACCAGGCAGGGAAAGGCAACUAACAACCACUGAACUGUGUAACCACUGGUGCAACACUACCUUGGUGCCUCAGUUUCCCCAUCUGUAAAAUGGGCCAUCAUAGCCAUUGGUGGGAAGCUUUGGGAUGUUAAGGGCACAGAGCACAAAUUACAAGGGAAACAGUGUUUUCUACGUUUUGUACAGAGACUACUGUGGAGAUAGCCUGUGUCCUUCUGCCAGCUUCCAUGAGUGACGACGUCUCACCAGGUUGGGUGAAGGUUUUCUAAUAAAUGUUGUCUGAAACUAAA